CUUAAAAAUGGCGGCCGGCAGCCAGUGGGGUAUCAAAGCAUGGAGUCUUAUAAUCCUGACAGUUCAAAAUGCUUCUCUCAUAUUAACUAUGAGAUACACACGGACACUGCCUGGUGACAUGUACUUUUCCAGUACAGCAGUGAUGAUAACAGAGGUUGUAAAAGUAGUUACAACAAUGCUGAUUCUGCUGGCAGAAAAACGUAGCAUAGUUGAGUGGAUAAAGUAUUUAUAUUCUGUUACUGUUGGUCAUCCUUGGGAUAUGGCAAAGAUGCUUGUGCCCGCUUGCAUUUACACUGUUCAGAAUAAUCUACUGUAUUUGGCAGUUUCCAACCUAGAUGCUGCAACAUAUCAGGUAUCUUAUCAGUUGAAGAUUUUGACAACAGCACUCUUCUCAAUUGCUAUGCUGAGUAAACCAAUUAAUAGGGUUCAGUGGCUGUCUCUGUUUAUGCUAUUUGUUGGGGUGUCUGUUGUUCAGCUACAGCCUGUUAAUGGUCCUGUGACACAAAGCUCGAAGGAAAAGCUCUCGACACAGAACACCUUGUCUAAAACACACAACCCUCUACUGGGGCUUGCCGCAGUUGUAGCUUCUAGUAUGUGCUCUGGAUUUGCAGGUGUGUACUUUGAAAAGACCCUCAAGGGAACUGCGACACCUCUGUGGGCCAGGAACUUCCAGUUGGCCAUAUUUGGUGUCAUUAUUGGCACCAUGGGCAUGUAUAUCAAUGAUGGGAGUAAGAUCAAAGAAAAAGGCAUUUUCUUUGGUUACCACAAACUUGUCUGGCUAAUUAUUGCAAUGCAGACAUUUGGAGGUCUUUUAGUUGGCAUUGUAGUUAAGUAUGCUGAUAACAUUCUAAAAGGCUUUGCGGCAGCUGUAUCAAUUGUCGUUUCUUGUAUUGUAUCAGUUUAUUUAUUCCAGUUUAAUCUCAGUUUGCCUUUUGUAUCUGGGGCUGGUUUAGUUAUGCUUGCUACAUACUUGUAUGGAAUAGGACAGAAAUUGGCUGUUCAAAAGAAUGCCACAAAUGGCUCUAAAGAUCCUAUUAAAACUGAAUAAUUUAUGGUAUCAGAUUAUGAUAAGUGUAGUAGAA